AUGAUGAGACUAAACCGGGGGCGUCUUUUGUCCCAUUGGUGCUCUUCCCCAAUCCAGAGAUAUAGAGUCGCCGUGCUCCCAGGCCACUAUAGCCGUCAUCUCUCGGUAUAUCCGUCUCUUCGAUCUAAGCAGACGCCGGACUUUAGCUCUGGCUUUACCAGAAGCUAUGAUCCUACACAGGAAUCUGGCCGUGGCCCCAUGUUUAGAAAAGUAAAUUUCGGAGUACCGCAAUUCUACCCUCGUGAUUUGAAAAGGCGUGUGGACGAAUACGUUGUGGGCCAGGACCGUGCUAAAAAGACAAUAUGCGCUGCCAUCUUCAACCACUACCAGAAUCUCAGGAGAAGACGUCAGCACGAGCAAGAGGACAAGGAGAAGCAUGAGAAACUCAUGCGCCAACGGUUCGCACGUGAUAGAGAGCUGUCCCAAAGGCGAUGGGAUGCUCCCCCCCUCGAAGACGAAGUUCCCGGACAAAGUUCCUCAGCCCGCCAGGCGUCUGAGCUCGCAUCCGAAGCAAGCUUUAAUGCUCCGAUUUUCAAGCCCGAGGAGCCGGCUGUUGCCGAGCACGUCAAGAUUGACAAGAGCAACAUCCUUGUGAUUGGGCCGACUGGUGUUGGCAAGACGUACAUUCUAGAAACUUUGAGCAAGAAGAUACAAGUACCGCUCACCAUCUGCGACUGUAACUCCCUAACCCAAGCAGGCUACAUUGGACAAGAUGUGGAAUCCUGCAUCGAAAGGCUACUCAUAGAAGCAAAUUACGAUGUCAAGGCGGCAGAGCACGGCGUGGUGGUCUUAGACGAGUUUGACAAGCUAGCAAGACGAGAGACAACAACGGGUCGAGAUGUGAGCGGCGAAGGUGUUCAACAAGCCUUGCUCAAACUCGUUGAGGGAACAAAGGUCACCAUCAACGUCAAGGACAAUCGUUCUUCUCGUGCGGCUACGCCCAUUCCCACAAAUUACACCGCUUCCGGUGCCCCGACAACAUCAAUGCCGGUUAGCAGUCCGCCAGGCAAAGUGGACCAGUACACCGUCGACACCACCAACAUUCUCUUCGUCUUCUGCGGUGCUUUCGUGGGGCUGGAUAAGAUUGUUCUUCGGCGGGUCUCAAAGCCAGCCAUGGGAUUCGGAGGAGAUGUUCAAAGUCGACAAGCCGGGGCGGGAAACAACUACAACCUGCCACCUGAAACAUACGCCCACCUAGCACACUACAGCCCACAGUCUGCACCAAGUUUCACUCCAAUGGAUUUGGUAGUAUCCGAGGACCUCCAGCGGUUCGGGUUUAUUCCUGAGAUUAUAGGCCGACUGCACAACAUCUGCGCCCUCAGCCCGUUGUCAAAAGAAGACCUCUAUCGAAUUCUCACCGAGCCACGCAAUAGCCUAGUGGCUCAGUAUACCGCACUGUUUGAGACAUAUCCGUCUCAGCUAUACUUUACUGAAAAAGCACUAAGCGCCAUUGCUGAACGCGCACUGGCAGCCGAAACGGGUGCACGAGGGCUGAAGAUGGAGAUGGAGCGCGUUUUAGCUGAACCAAUGUUUGACGCCCCGACGCCAUACGUCCUCAUCACUGAAGCCUGCGUCAACGGGCAUGAAAAAGCACCGUACUGGGGGAAAGAUGGACGUCAUGAGCUUAUUCGGAGGAUGGAAGAAGAGCAAUUCAACCCACACAACACAGAGCACUCACUGGAGCAACUGGGGCAGGUAGACGAAGGUAGAGGAUGA